AUGCAAGUUGGCACAUUGCAUCUGCAGGAUGUUGGCACCCGCACUGUCGAGGGCCGGCGCUAUCUGAUCCUGGAGGACCUCGCCGCCGGCUACCGCCUGCCCUGUGUGCUGGACGCCAAGGUCGGGCUGCAGACGUGGUACCCCUGGGGGCCACAGGCGCUGAUCAGCAAGUACAGGUUGAAGGAUGACAGCACCACCCAGGCCACCCUGGGCUUCCGGCUGUGUGGCGUCAAGGCCGCGCUGGCUGAUGGCUCCGGCGAUUGGCGCGAGGACCGGCACUGGGGCAAGCGGCUGGACAAGGCGGGGGCGUUGGCGGCGCUAAAGCGCUUCUCUGAUAACGGCAUACUGGCGCCGCGCGAUGUGGUGGGCCCUGUGCUGGCAGAGCUGCAGUCUAUGGCGGCUGUCUUCCGCACCCAAACCUCCUACCACCUGUUUUCGGCCUCGGUGCUGCUCCUGUAUGAGGGCGCUGCACGGUGCGCGGCCGAGGCACGAGUGGCGGUGCGGCUGAUCGACUUUGCCCACGCCUUCCCAGCGGGCAUGCACGAGGGCGGCCCAGACGCCAAUUUCCUGGCGGGGCUGGAGGGAUUGAUCGCAGCGCUGGAAGAGGUGGUGGGACCAGCCGGUGUGUGA